CAGCUUCCUUCAUUGCAGUCCAAACUCCAUUUCUGAGUUCUCCCAAUGGAAGAUCUUUCAGAGGAAAAGGAGAAUGAAGAGCCACUCUUGAUCACAUCCUCCCAAACUUCAAAAGGCGGCUUCAGAACCUUCCCUUUCAUUAUUGGAAAUUCGGCGUUGUUGUUUCUGGCGAUUUACGCAUUGACACCAGACAUGAUACUUUAUUUGAUGAAAGAGUAUAAUAUGGAUAUGGCUUCCGGGUCCAAUGUUUUGUAUCUUUGGUCGGCGGCGUUGAAUUUCACGCCGGUGAUCGGAGCUCUCAUGGCGGAUUCUUUUGUGGGUCGGUUUCAGAUGAUCGGUCUCGGCUCUGCUCUUUGCCUUCUGGGAAUGGCUAUGUUUUGGUCAACUACUGUGAUACCACAAUUAAGGCCGCCUCCAUGCAGCGAAAACGACAACGUUUGCACCUCUGCAACAAAAUUCCAACUCUUAACACUAUUCACCUCUUUCAUUGUGGUGGCUCUUGGAUCUGGAGCUGCAAGGUCUUGCUCCUUGGCGUUCGGCGCCGACCAAUUGCAGGAUUUACAGAAGACAACAACCGGUUCUAUGGAGAGAUACUUCGGCUGGUACUACGCCAUAUCCUCGUUUUCUGUCCUGGUUGCCAUGACAGUUCUGGUUUAUAUCCAGGAGAAUAUGGGGUGGGAAAUUGGGUAUGGAGUUCUUGUUGUGAUAAUGCUCAUUUCUCUUGUUGUCUUCUUCCUGGGUUCUUCCUUCUAUGUUAAACCCAAGGUCAAAGAGAGUUUGAUCGUUGGGUUGAUUCAAGUGGCAGUAGCUUCUUACAGAAAGAGGAAUUUGAAAUGUUGUGAGGGGAACUCAUCAGAGGUAGCUUACCAUCAAAAGGGUUCCAGUCUGCUUCUGCCCACUGAAAAGUUGAGGUUCCUGAAUAAAGCUUGCAUUAUCCAAGACCCUCAACGAGAUCUAACAUCUGAUGGAAAACCCACAGAUCCUUGGAAUCUCUGUACAGUUGAUCAAGUAGAAGAGCUGAAAGCGUUGCUUAAAGUUACCCCGAUUUGGUUCACCGGCGUGAUAAUGUCCAUAAAUGUCAGUCAGGGCUCUUUCGGCACCCUCCAAGCAACCACCAUGGACCGCCGCAUCGGCUCAACCUUCGAAAUUCCGGCAGGCUCCGUCGGCAUGUUCGCCAUCGUCUCCGUCGUCCUCUGGAUCGUCUUAUACGACCGAUUCAUCAUUCCCUUAGCGUCUCGCGCGAUGCGAAAACCAGUUCGUUUCAGUACCAAAUCAAGAAUGGGGUGUGGGAUCUUUGUUUCUUUCUUGUCCGUGGUGGUGGCGGCCACCGUGGAGACCAUCCGCCGCAGACGCGCGAUCAACGAGGGAUUUGCCAACAACCCCGACGAGGUUGUCGGCAUGUCGGUGUUGUGGCUGGUCCCUAAUAAUCUCCUCGCGGGUUUCGCGGAGGGUUUAAGUGCAGUUGCCCAAAACGAGUUUUACAUUUCGGAGUUUCCUAAGAGCAUGUCGAGUAUCGCUUCCAGUCUGUUUCUGCUCGGGAUGGGAUUCGCGAGCCUUUUAGCGAGCUUGGUGAUGAACGCUAUCAAUGAUUUCACGGGCGGCGGAGAGGAGAGCUGGAUAUCGAGCAAUAUAAACAAGGGUCACUAUGAUUACUACCAAUGGAUUCUUGCUGGUUUGAGUGUGGUUAACUUGUUGCUAUUUUUUGUUUGCAGUAGGGCAUAUGGUCCUUGUAAAGAUGAGAACAUGGAGGUUUUGGCCUUAGGCAGGGAAGAUCAACCAUAAAUAAAAGAGUUUUAUUACAUGUGCUUCCUAUUUUUACUCAUUCAUUUUUACUCUUUGACGUGACUAUUAAGAGUAUGUAUUUGAGUUAGAUUAUGACUUCC